AUGCAGGCCUACCCAGGACUCCCCGCGCCUCCUGCUGCCCAACCUGCCUCGGCGCCUAGAAAGUACGACGGGAAGAAUGGCAUGCCUAAUUACGACACCGCGCAUGGCGGACACUAUGGUGCCAGCUCGACCAUCGCGGCUGGAGGGUCUGCGCCGCCGCCGGAGACGUUUACAGGGCAGUGGGCGAAUGUAUCACAAGGCCUCAAUGGACAGUACCGAGAUAUCCUCAACACGUAUUGGCAGAAUCAGGUCACGAAGUUAGAGACGGAAGAGCACGACUACAAGAUCCAUCAGCUUCCUCUCGCCCGGAUAAAGAAAGUCAUGAAGGCCGAUCCAGAGGUCAAGAUGAUCAGUGCUGAAGCUCCAAUCCUCUUCGCCAAGGGCUGCGAUAUCUUCAUCACAGAACUCACCAUGCGCGCCUGGAUCCACGCGGAGGAAAACAAACGCCGAACACUACAACGCAGCGAUAUCGCAUCCGCACUAGCCAAAAGCGACAUGUUCGACUUCCUCAUCGACAUCGUCCCGCGCGAAGACGCAACACCCCAGCAUAAGCGACGACCAGAAUACACACCCGUCGGCACCUACCAAGUCCCCGGCGCCGGCGGCGACCCAAGCAAUGCCGGCGCGCCCGCGGGUCCCGGAGCAGGAAUGCAAGAGCACGGGCAGCCGAGCAUGGGUGGGCAGGAAUUCGCGGGCAUCGAACAGGCGCACAUGCAAGGACAGCCUACGUAUCAGCAGCAGACGGGAAUGUACCCGCCUCCGGCUCCGCAGCAGGCUCAGUAUGCUGGGCAGCCCAUGUUCGAUCCGAGUAUGUAUGCGCCGCCGCAGUCGGGGUAUGGGAUGGGUGGUAUGCAGCCGAUGCAGCAGAUGUACGCCACUGGGCCACCACCACAGCAACCACAGCCUCCGCAGCAACAACCACAAAGUAUGCAAUCAUAUCGUCCGUCGGACCCGCACGCGCCAGAGGAUGAUGCUCAGGCUGAUGAGGAUUAUGGCGGUGCUGGAUAG